AUUGUUUAUUUCAGACUAAAAAAUAUUUUUGUAUUCAUGUAUUUAAUCUACUGUUUUAAUGUCUCUGCCACUGUGAAUGGAACUCAUUCAACAAUUACGAAAAGAAUAGUUGGAGGUACUGCAGCCAAAAAUGGCGAAUUUCCGUACAUAAUGGCUAUUUUCCAUUUGACAAGAUAUCAUGGUGCAUUUUCCAUGAUUACUACACAAACGGCAAUAGGCGCAGCUCAUAUGUUAAAUGGAAACGCCAUCGAAGAUCUUGAAGGAAGAAUAUGCGAUGUUAAUAAAUUUAAUGGAAAAUUAGUUUACUUCGAUAGAAAAGUCUUGCAUCCAGACUUCCAAGGAACAAAUAUUAAUGAUAUUGGACUUUUAAUUUUGAAGCAGUCUGUUUCUGAUUUGUGUGAUGUUAAUCCAAUUGCAUUACCAGUUAGACAGAGAUCAUUUGUACACGGGCAUGCGAAAAUGGCGGGUUGGGGAUGGACAGGACCAA